AUGUCGUCGUCGAUUGCAAUCCCGAUGACCCCGUCGUCGGCCAACACAUAUCACCACCACCAGUCACCCCAGGUCCGGGGUGCUGCUAGCUCUUCCUCGUCUACAUACUCCAGUUCGCCUCAAACGUCUUCCCCGACUUCCAUUCAGAAGCGAAAGAUGGUCCAUGAACGUCGUCCCAGCCUUCUCAGCUCCGCCUUGUCGAAGCAGGAAAGCACCGUUAUCAACAUCGGCGAACCAAACGGAACUCCCCGCCUUAUCACCUACCUCUCCUCGAGCCAGGGCUUUGCGUGGAACCCAGAGAUCUUCCUGCCGUCGUAUGUCGAUUGCGACUACACCCCGCUCGAGAACCGACGGGAGCCCGUACACGAGAUUGUCCUCAGCGACGAGGAGAUCAACAACAUGUUUCCCCAAUAA